GGGGGCGAGCAGCGGAGCGGAUGAGCGCGGUCCCGCUGCUGCGGCUCCGGGGCGCGGCGCGUGCGCUGCUGGGAGACACGCCCCGCCCGCGACCCCGGGGAGCCCCGACGCUGCGAGCCCGGUGGGAGGAGGAGAAGAGCCAAGAUGUGAAGUGGACCCAGCUGGAGCACAAGGGCCCCUACUUCGCCCCCCCGUAUGAGCCCCUUCCUGAUGGGGUGCAUUUCUUCUACGACGGAAAGCCCAUGAAGUUGAGCUUGGCAGCUGAAGAGGUUGCCACUUUUUAUGGGAAAAUGUUGGAUCAUGAAUAUACAACAAAGGAAGUUUUCCAAAAUAACUUCUUCAGCGAUUGGCGAAAGGAAAUGACAGUAGAAGAGAGAGAAGUCAUCAAGCAUCUGGACAAGUGUGACUUCACGGAGAUCCACAGAUACUUUGUGGACAAAGCUGCAGCCCGCAAGGCCCUGCCCUGGCAGGAGAGACAGAAGCUAAAAGAAGAGGCAGAAAAACUUCAGCAAGAGUUUGGCUACUGUAUUUUAGAUGGUCACCGAGAAAAAAUAGGCAAUUUCAAGACCGAGCCGCCUGGGCUGUUCCGCGGCCGCGGCGACCACCCCAAGAUGGGGAUGUUGAAGAGGAGGGUCAUGCCCGAGGACGUGGUCAUCAAUUGCAGCAGGGACUCAAAGAUCCCCGAGCCCCCAGCAGGCCACCAGUGGAGAGAGGUGCGCUCGGACAACACCGUCACGUGGCUUGCAGCGUGGACGGAGAACAUCCAGAACUCCAUCAAAUACAUCAUGCUGAACCCGAGCUCAAAGCUGAAGGGGGAGAAAGAUUGGCAAAAGUAUGAAACAGCUCGACGCUUGAAAGGUGUUGUCGAGGAGAUCCGCUCUCAGUAUCGGGCUGACUGGAAGUCGCGGGAAAUGAAGAGGCGGCAGCAGGCGGUGGCCCUUUACUUCAUUGACAAGCUGGCGCUGAGAGCCGGGAACGAGAAGGAGGGUGGCGAGACGGCGGACACAGUGGGCUGCUGCUCACUGCGCGUGGAGCACGUCCGGCUGCACCCGGAGGCCGGUGGCUGCAAGCACGUUGUGGAACUGGACUUCCUGGGCAAGGACUCCAUUCGCUACUACAACAGGGUACCCGUGGAGAAGCCUGUGUACAAGAAUUUACAGCUGUUCAUGGAGAACAAGGACCCUGGGGAUGACCUUUUUGACAGGCUGACCACGGCCACCCUCAACAAGCACCUGCAGGACCUCAUGUGCGGGCUGACGGCCAAGGUGUUCCGGACCUACAAUGCCUCCAUCACUCUGCAGGAGCAGCUGCGGGAGCUGACCAGCGCUGAAGACAGCACGGCUGCGAAGAUCUUGUCCUACAGUCGGGCCAACCGGGCCGUGGCCAUUCUCUGCAACCAUCAGCGAGCAACUCCCAAGACCUUUGAGAAGUCAAUGAAGAAUUUGCAGGCGAAGAUCGAGAUGAAGAAGGAGCAGGUGGCCGAGGCCAAGGUGGAGCUGAAGAAGGCGACAGCUGACUUCAAAACCAAGGGGGACGGCGCGUCCAGAAGUUUCCUGGAAAAGAAGCAGCGGCUGCUGGAGAAGCUGGAGGAGCAGCUGGUGAGGCUGCACACACAGGCCACAGAGAAGGAGGAGAACAAGCAGGUGGCCCUGGGCACGUCCAAGCUCAACUACCUGGACCCCAGGAUCAGCAUCGCCUGGUGUAAGAGGUUCGGGGUGCCCGUGGAGAAGAUCUACAACAAAACGCAGAGGGAGAAGUUCGCCUGGGCCCUCGCCAUGGCAGACGAAGACUUUGAAUUCUAAAUGGUUAUGUCUGUCUGCCAUUUAUCCGUUAAAACUUCUUUUGUGUUUUUUCACUAUUAAAGCAAUAU